AUGAGAGUUUUUGUUUCAUCAAUGAUGGUUUUGUUUGUCAAAAUCUUCGUCGCUGCUUGCUCGUAUAAUAAUAUUAACGUGUUGAGUUUCGGUGCAAGGCCGGACGGACAAAGCGAUUCGACGCAGGCAUUUCUGAAGGCGUGGGCAGCAGCAUGUGGGUCGGUGAAGGCAGUCACCAUGUACGUCCCUCGAGGGCGUUUCUUGUUAAAAGCAGCAGUCUUCAGAGGGCCAUGUAAGAACAAGAUCAACGUUCGUAUAGAUGGAACCCUUGUGGCUCCUUCUGAUUAUCGUGCCCUCGGCAACUCUGGCUACUGGAUGUUGUUCAUUCAGGUCAACAGAGUUGACAUUGUGGGAGGUACACUUGAUGCAAAGGGAGCUGCCUUUUGGGCUUGCCGGACCUCUGGGAAGAAUUGUCCAGUUGGAGCAAGGUCGAUAACUUUCAACUGGGCUAAUAACGUUGUGAUCAGCGGCCUAACAUCGAUCAACAGCCAGACAAUGCACCUUGUGAUCAACAGCUGCAAUAAUGUGAUGGUUCGUAAUGUGAAGAUCAUUGCUCCGGAUCAGAGUCCAAACACCGAUGGCAUUCACGUUCAGUCGUCUACCGGUGUCACCAUCAGCAGCAGUAGCAUAAAGACCGGAGAUGAUUGCAUAUCCAUUGGUCCAGGUACCAGGAACUUGUGGAUGGAGCGCAUACAGUGUGGCCCUGGUCAUGGCAUUAGCAUUGGUAGUCUGGCCCGAGACGUGAAUGAAGAUGGUGUGCGGAAUGUUACGUUAACAAAUACCGUAUUCACGGGAUCCGACAACGGGGUACGGAUAAAGUCAUGGGCCAGGCCCAGCAAUUCAUUUGUGAGGAAUGUUGUUUAUCGCAACAUCAUUAUGAAGAAUGUCCAAAACCCUAUCAUCAUUGAUCAGAACUACUGCCCUAGCAACCAAGGUUGUCCUCGUCAGAGUUCAGGUGUGAAGAUUAGUGAAGUGACAUACAAGAAUAUACAGGGAACAUCAGCGACACAAGUUGCCGUGAUAUUUGAUUGCAGUUCUAGUAAUCCAUGCAGAGGGAUUCGAUUGCAAGACGUAAAGCUUACUUAUUUGAACAAACCGGCACAAUCGGCUUGUAGGAAUAUAGGCGGAACCGCUAGUGGAGCAGUCGUGCCUGAGAGUUGUUUAUGA